ACGAAACGCAAACGAAAUCCCGAAUCGAUUUGACAGAGCAUCCACCGUCCAGGCAACAGGUUGUGAGCCACACACCCACGCCCACGCCCACAUCCACACACACACACACACACACACACACACAUACACACACACAGCUACUCCUGGAACACAACCAAGCAGAGCAACAGCAGGAGCAGCAUCAGCGGAAGCAGCGGCGACUACAAUGCACCAGCGUCGCAACAGCCUGUGCCAGCCGCUGCUCAGCAAUGGCGGCUGCAAGGAUGCAGCUCCAGCCUCGGCAACAGUUCCGGCGACAGAAGAAGUUUCUGCUGCCACUCCAGCAACAGCAUCCGCUGAAUCCAUGGAUGUGGCCGCCGCUGUGGGUGCCUCAGCGCCGAUGCCACUGCGUUGCGGCUGCUACUUCUCGCUGGCCUGCUCCAUUGGCUCGAUGAGUCUGGCCUGCGGCAGCCUGUGGCAAAUCCCAAACACCACCGAUCGGAUCACGCUGCAGCGUGGCCUCUUCCUCACCUCGCUCGGUUUCAUCUACUUCAUCUCGCUGACCGACUUCUGCAACAAGUAUCUGCUGGAGACGAAGCGUGGUCAGCAAUUCCGCAACAAAUAUCGCCUGAUGAUAUCCGAUGUCCUCGAAAUAACCAACAAAAUCGUCUCGGCCAUCCAGGCCUCGUUCUCCUUUCUGGUGGGUCUGAUCGUCUGCAAGUCAACGUGCAGCAAGUCGUUUGUGUAUGCCUCGCACUUUCUAAUGGAGGCAUACGGCUGGUUCGGCACCGCCUAUUUCAUGUACGACAUUUGGUCCAUGUACAAGGUGCACACCCAGAAGAUAGCCGACAAGCUGCACUUGCUGCGCCUGACCAAGUCUAAGCCCUUUGCCAAUGGCCAUGCCCGCAAGUAUUACGACAAGGCCGGCGGCGUUGGUGGCGGCGACCGCGGCGGUGGCAACAACAACGGCAGCACGCCGAGCACACCGCACGAGAUAUGCGACUAUGAUGGCGCCUGUGUCCAGAUACCCAAGGAUGGCCGCUGGGACUUCUUGAAGUAUGUGCUAACGCAUCCGGUGAUGAUGAUACAUCACGUCUUCAUUGGCACCUUCGGACUGCUGGUCGUGACGUAUAUACGCGGAGGCGGACAUUGCAUCUAUAGCUACAUGUUCAUGAUGGAGUUCUCCACGCCCUUUGUCUCGCUGCGCAGCAUUUUGAGCACGAUGGGGCUGAAGGACUCGCGUGCGUAUAUUGUCAAUGGACUCCUGAUGCUGGUCACGUUCUUUGUCUGCCGCGUCUGCAUGUGGCCAUAUGUCAUGUGGCGCUAUAGCCUGGCCAUCGAUGCCGCCUCCAUGUGGUCGGCCAUGUGCGGAUUGCCGCGUGGCUGCCUCAUCAGCAUGGCCAUAUUGUUCUUGCCGCAGCUCUACUGGUUCUAUCUAAUGUUUAUGGGUGCACUUAAGGUUUUUCUGCCGAAACGACAGAAGCAGCCCUCGACUCUUGGCACUCAGUCGCAGCCAAAUGCCCUCACCGACACGCCCACGCCCACGGCC